UUUUCCUUUCAGUUAUCAUGCCCUCUUCAGCUCUAGAUCGCCUUGCACGUUUGAACAUAGAAUAUCCAAUGUUAUUUGAACUGAGAAAUACUUCUGCUGAAAGAACUACUCACUGUGGAGUCUUGGAAUUCACUGCUGAUGAGGGGAUUGUAUUCUUACCAAAUUGGAUGAUGGAAGAUUUGCUCCUUCAGGAAGGAAACAUUGUGUCUCUGAAAAGCACAAGUCUUGUUAAAGGAAAGUGUGUGAAGUUGCAGCCUCACAGCAAAGACUUCUUGGAAAUCUCCGAUCCAAAAGCCAUGUUAGAAACUUCAUUGAGGAGUUACUCAUGUUUAACAACCGGACGCACUAUAAUGAUUCCAUAUAACAACAAAAAAUAUUAUAUUGAUAUAGUUGAAACAAAACCUUCUCCCGCAAUCAGUAUAAUAGAAACAGAUUGUGAAGUUGAUUUUGCUCCCCCUCUUGAUUACAAAGAACCUGAAAAGCCUUUGCCAUCUGAUUUGUCUCAUAAGGAAUCUCCACAAGUUGAAGAAGAGCCAGCAGCAAAGGUUCCAAGACUGAUGCCAUUCAGUGGUAUCGGGAGGCGUUUGGAUGGUAAACCGUCGACACAAUUAGUUGAACAAGCUUCCACUCCAGUUCCAAAGAAGCAACAUACUGAUAAUAACUCAAACAAUUCCAAUAGAACUUCAGGGAAUCUUGUUUUUGGCUCAAAGGCAAAUGCACCCAAAGUUCAAACACAGCCAAAGGCUUUUCUGAACAGCGCAAGUCAAGAAUCAUCUAAGAAGACAGAUACCCCACAAUUCCAAGCUUUCACGGGAAAGAAGUAUUCAUUAAGAUGA